AUGAUAUAUCCUCAAAAUUUCCCGAAAGUCUUGUUCAAGGUGAUUGCCACCAUCUCAUUAAUUUUUAUCUUCAUUGGCGCCUUGGGCUACUUGACAUUCGGAGACAGUAUCGAUACAGUAAUCUUAUUGAAUCUUCCUCAAAAGGCACCACCUGUGAUCAUGAUCCAACUAUUAUACGCGAUGGCCAUUUUGCUUUCGACUCCGAUCCAAAUAUUUCCUGCCGUGCGUUUGAUUGAGCUGAAAAUAUUUGUUCCAUUGAACUCGGGCAGACAUUCAUUGGCCGUCAAGUGGCAGAAAAACUUGCUUCGUUUUGUCUUUGUCUUCCUCACAGCCACGAUUGCAUUGUAUGGCGGCCAAAACCUCGACAAAUUCGUCUCCUUUGUCGGUUGCUUUGCAUGUAUUCCACUAGUUUACAUGUACCCUCCUAUGCUUCACUUGAAGACAUGUUGUGACUAUACCAACGACUCUUCGCAUAAAAGAUCCACGUUCUGGUUAGCGAUGCUUGAUUACGCUUUACUCGUCGUCGGUUCGGUCGUUUUAGUUUACACUACGUACGACAUACUUGCACAUUGA